AUGGUAUCAGACACUAUUGCUGUACCAUCACUCUACGUGAUCAAAGGUAUUAUUAUCUUAGAUAAUGAUGGUAACCGUAUUUUAGCUAAAUAUUAUAAUCAAUCUUAUGCAACUAUAAAAGAGCAAAAAGAAUUCGAAAAAUCUUUAUUUAAUAAAACACAUAAAGGUUCCGGAGAUGUUAUCCUUCUUGAUAACUGGACAAUUGUUUAUCGUAAUAAUGUUGAUUUACUUUUCUACGUUAUGGGUAGCACAAACGAAAACGAAUUAAUGUUAAAUGCUGUUUUGACAUGUUUAUUUGAAUCUUUAAGUACAAUGUUACGAAAAAAUGUUGAAAAACGAUAUCUCUAUGAAAAUCUCGAUUUAGUUAUGCUUACACUUGAUGAAAUUUGUGAUGAUGGAAUUAUCCUCGAAUCGGAUCCAAUGUUAAUUGCACAACGUGUUCAAUUACGUCAAGAUGAUAUUCCAUUAGGCGAACAAACGGUUUCGCAAGUACUUAAUCAUGCGAAAGAACAGAUCAAAUGGUCAUUGCUUAAAUAA